CGUCCGCGCGCGAGGCCGAGGGGUCAUCAGCUGUCGAAUUUCCUAAUCAUUAAUUUGCACUGCACAUAGAGAAUUCGAGAAAGGGUCAGGAAAAGGAACACGAUCCACAAAAGAAUUGUAUUUAAAGAACUCGUGGAACAGCGAAGUAUCUAUAGCAGUACAUGAAAGAUUUGUCGUGCUGAUUGAAGCAUAGUAACACCAUGUUUAGCUUCGAAGGGGAGUUUAGGAGGAAGCCAGUGGUUUCAAUGAGAGGAGCAAGUAAAAAGGAAAUGACAUCAUCACUGCUGCAGAGAAACCAAGAGGAAAGACGAAAGAGAGAGGCGGUUAGGAAUCGACUAAGAAGUGCCAUCAAAAUACAGUCCUUUGUGCGGGGCGCCAUCUGUAGACGGAAGCUGAUGCGAGCCUACAGAGCGAAAUGGGAAGACAUGGUGAAGUCUGUCCAGCAAGACCAUAUUGAAAGCCAGACUCUUGAUGCACUUCUCAGGCUUCUCAUUCGAUUUUACAAUGAACGAGAAGAUGUUCAGAGAUUGACCUGGUUGUGCCAGACUUUAUUGAAACACAGAGAGAAGAGUAUCAGCCUAUUGAAGCUACAGCAUCAGACCUGGCUCUAUCAGACCAUGCAUAUUCUUAGGCUUUGCUGUCGUCUCCUGGAAGCACCCUCUUCCAUCCCAAUCACAAUGCCCCUCCGAAUGCUUGAAGUCUUUACGGAUGUUACUACCUACACAAAGAAUGGAAUAGCCCUGGAUGAUGCAAUAAAAACUGUUGCAGCCCUACAGAUGUACCUGGUGCAAAAUGGUUAUUACAAGAAUCUAAGGCGUUUUAUCAAUGAGAGACUGCCUCCUGGAAUCGAUGUAUCUCAUCCACCGCCAAUAGCUCAAACCAGUCUUGACCUAACCUUAAGACCUCUCAAGGUCACAGGUCAAUAUCCAGCCUACAAGGGUCAAAGAAAUAUAGCUUUGUGUUCCUUAUGCCAAGAAUUACUAUGUCGUCAGUCUACUGAUCAAAUCAGCGAGUUCCUUAUCCCUGCCUUGGCCCAGAGAGAGGGUGGUAUACCGCCUGAACAGCUCCUUGAAGCCCUCUUACCAUCACUGACCAAUAAUACUGAUGAACACAAUGCACAGUUAGGGGUGGAGCCAUCGCCUUGGUUACUCUAUGCUGUUAUGACCAUAGUAGGACCUUAUGUCGAUCAGUUCCCUUCGGACCUUGUGAUCCGAUAUCUACUUCUUCUGAAGAUUCUCUUACCAACGUUACCGAGCGCUGAGAGGCUUCAUCAUAUGCUUGCUGCUGAUGAAGAUUCUGAUAUGGAGGAGGAUGAUGUGAGGGAUGUCGUAGAGUUUGGAAGUGCUUCUACCAUCUCGGAGAUACGCGAGCAGUGUGUAAGACAGGUCAACUCUCAAGCUCAUGUCCAAUGUCUGAUUGCAACAACUACGCAGGGCAAUGUACCAGCCUUGACAGCUCUUUGUACUUUAUGCCAUUCGUUAAUGGUGGAUCAUAAACUUCAUGUACCAAGAACAAGGUUGCUGUACUCUCUUGCAAUAAACAAGUCAUUUUUGAGACAUCUCUGGAUUACAUUGAGGAAUGUAUCAUCUGUGUCAGUAACAGGGUCACGUAUCCCAUUGCUACAAACGAUAUCUAGAGGGAUUGAUCUUCCAUCGACUGACAUCAAUCGUAUCAUCCCACUUCUAUCCGUCUUCUGCUCUCUGUUUGGUCAUCUCCUGAUGUCUCUCCAUGACUCAGAGUUCUAUGGUGAUGAUGCAGAUACGAAUCGGAACAGUCUGAUGCCCUUCUCACGUGACGAGCUGGUCCAAAUGAGCAUGGCUCUACGAAACACCUGCCUGGGAAUGGUAGAGCUGGCCUACCCCGAGACUACCCCAUCGGUCACUUCUGACUACUCCCUAGCCAUGGCCAGUAUAGGGGUCAGACAAAGGGUUGACCCUAAGAAAGCAGAAAAGGUCAUGGCAACAUGGCUUCAUGUCUUUAAGGUAACAACUCAACUAAUAAAGCAGCUCCACUCUCGUGACAUCAGACGCUCUUUCUGCCCACUCAACCAUUGGCUCGCUCCAAAUGUACAUGUCUUAACUGAAAGGUCACGAGGGGUCAGGGGUCAUGGAGGAAGGAUGUACCGGCCAAGGAGACUGCAGCUGUUGGCCCAGCCCAACCCAGAGGAUGAAGAAGGUCCUCCACCGUCCACCCACAUGGCUAGACGACUUGUCAUCCUGGCCGAGAUGCCCUUUGUGAUACCCUUUGAAGAAAGAGUUCAGGUAUUUCGAGACUGGGUAUUGGCCGAUAAGCAGGAUUCUCAGGGGGAGUUUGCUGGUUUUUUACCGGGUAAGGCCAUCGACAUCAUCAUCAGGAGAAACUACAUCUAUGAAGAUGCCUAUGAUAGGCUUAGACCAGAGAAUGAACCUGAUUUUCGGAAAAAGCUCCGGGUGACCUUGAAGAACGCCCAGGGGUUGGACGAGGCUGGAAUCGACGGGGGCGGUGUCACCCGGGAAUUCUUGACUCAGCUUAUGAUGACAGCGUUUGAUCCGAACAGAGGGUUCUUCAAGACGACGACAGACGAACUGCUCUAUCCAAGCCCGCAAUCACCAAUGCUCAUGGAAGACUUCACCAAGCAUUACUAUUUUAUUGGAAGGGUACUAGGAAAGGUGCUGUAUGAGAACCUGUUGGUGGAGAUCCCCUUUGCUAGUUUCUUUCUCUCUAAGAUUCUAAGCAGACAUACUAAUGUUGACAUCCAUCAUUUAGCUUCACUUGAUCCUGUUAUGUACAAGAAUCUGCUGUUUCUAAAAGAUUACAGGGGAGAUGUGUGUGACCUUGGAUUGACCUUCACCGUUAUGGAUAAUGACUUUGGCGAGGCUCAGGUCCAUGAUCUAAAGCCUGGCGGAUCUGAGAUCCCUGUCACAGCAUCUAACAGGAUAGAAUACAUACAUCUGAUGGCAGACUUCAGGCUCAACAAACAGAUCCGGCCCCAAAUCCUUGCCUUCCGUCAAGGUCUGUCGGAUGUCAUCGACCUCGAGUGGCUACGCAUGUUCAACCACCAAGAACUCCAAGUCCUCAUCUCUGGUGCCUCGAUGCCCGUCGACGUCGACGACCUCCGCCAGCACACCAACUAUUCCGGGGGUUACAAGGAUGACAGCCCUGUCAUCAAAAACUUCUGGCGAGUGGUGGAAGGUUUCACCAACCCUCAACGGAGACAUCUGCUUAAGUUUGUGACGAGUUGUUCAAGGCCACCUCUCCUUGGUUUCAAGGAACUGUAUCCAGCUUUCUGUAUCCAUCAUGGCGGCAGUGAGCUAGACAGGCUACCCACAGCGAGCACCUGUAUGAACCUUCUCAAGCUACCAGAGUUCGGCAAUGAGGAGACUCUAAGAGAAAAACUGCUCUAUGCCAUUGAAUCAGGAGCUGGCUUUGAGCUGAGUUGAGAGCAAAAAAGGGACUUUCAAAGUCGGUGCGACAUCAACUUUCAUGGGGUAUGGAUUUUUAUUUGCUGCCCCCAGACUUGUAAAAAGCAUUGGAAAUAAAAGACAUCUUUAAGGGAAGCAAAUUCAGUGUACCAGCGAGGAAUCUUUGAUCAAGUAACUUUAGCCUCUGCAACAGUGUCAGCUCAAGGACUGUGAGAUAAUCUAUCAUUUGGGGUUUUCUAAUUGCAUUACAUAACAUCUGCUAUUCAUGUAUCUUAUCUACCAUAAGAUUGACCAUAUGUGAUUUAUAUAUCGGAAUGGUGUCGAAUUACCAAGGAAAGCUUAAGCCCUCUGACCUUUCGUGAACAACUGAACUAUGGACACAGGAUUGUGUGGAGAAGAAUUAUCUACAAGUAUACCUUUGAAUCAUCAGCUGAACUGGGUAAAAAAAAAGUGCUGAGAGAGAAAAAAUGGUCCUAUCGAAUUAGGGUGUGACUUUGAGCUGAGUGCAAGAAAGACUAUCAGAGAAAACUCAAAUUCUGUAGGAUCAGGCACUGAGCUAUGUACAGAAAGGACAUUUGAGUUCAAAACAAGCUACAUUGCAUGCUACUGGGCCUGAACACAAAAGAGAUAUUGAGAAGGACUGCCUGUAUCCAUACCAAUGAAUCAUCAGAAGAUAAGAGUUGCUAAGACAAAAAGUGUGGUUUUAUGCAAUUGAAUCAGGAACUGGCUUCCAGCUGAGCAAUGGCCGAAAGAAAAAAAGCUUUAAAGAUCCAGACCGGACCCAAAAAUGAAACUGACAAAUUAUAUACCAAUCG